UCAGUGUCUCCCUCCGGAUCCUGGAUGAAUCAGACGGCCAGUGUUUCUCACCCGGUCAGAUGUCGGUCCUCCAGGAGCAUCGCAGACCUGGGUGGCAUGAGUCCUCCUCAGAGGAACUGGAAGGGCAUUGCCAUCGCUCUGCUGGUCAUUCUGGUGGUGUGUUCACUGAUUACCAUGUCUGUGAUCCUCCUCACUCCAGUGGACUCUCCGCCCGGCAGUGACACUAAGCUGACAGUAGAUGACCUCUUCAGCACAGAUUUCCUCAGUCUGGACCCCGAGGCUCGCUGGAUCAACGAGUCGGAGGUGAUUUACAGAAACCACAACGGACACGUGAUCAGAUUCAACAUCCUGACCAACGAGACGGAGAUCGUGCUGAAGAACUCCACGUUUGACACUUUCAAAGCCACCAGAUACUCCAUCAGCCCCGAUAUGAAGUAUGUGCUGUUCGCCUACAACGUCAAGCAGAUUUACCGGCACUCCUUCACAGCCUCUUACAUCAUUUACAGCGUUCAGACCAGGGAGGUUCUGCAGCUGGAUCCUCCAGAGGUGUUGAACUCUAAACUGCAGCAUGCGGCGUGGGGCGUUCAGGGUCAGCAGCUGGUGUAUAUAUUUGAAAAUAAUAUUUACUAUCAGUCGGACGUCAGGAGUAACUCGCUCAGACUGACAUCAUCAGGGAAGGAGGGCGUGGUCUAUAACGGCAUCGCUGAUUGGCUGUAUGAAGAGGAGGUGCUGCACACACACGUGGCCCACUGGUGGUCUCCUGAUGGCGAGCGCUUGGCCUUUCUGGUCCUGAAUGACAGUCUGGUGCCCAACAUGGCACUGCCCACCUUCACCGGCUCAGCUUACCCCAAAGGCAAACAGUACCCGUACCCGAAGGCCGGUCAGCCCAACCCCAUGGUCAAACUGUUCGUGGUCAAUCUGUACGGCCCAACACACACACUGGAGCUCACACCGCCAGACGAGCUCAAGCUCAGGGAGCAUUAUGUGGUGAUGGUGAAGUGGAUCAGUAAGACCAAGACAGCGGUGCGCUGGUUAAACCGACCACAGAACGUCUCCGUGCUUACUGUGUGUGACUCCAGCACUGGAGCCUGCAUCAAGAGGCACGAGGAAACCUCAGACCUGUGGCUGUCCAGACAGAAUCAGGAGCCGUUCUUCUCCAGAGACGCCGCACGCUUCUUCCUGACCGUCCCCGUGAAGCAGGGCGGACGCGGAGACUUCCAGCACAUCGCCAUGUUCACCGCUCAGAUGCGGGCAGACCAGAAUGAGGUGCGGCACCUGACGUCCGGGAACUGGGAGGUGACGCAGAUUCUGGCGUAUGAUGAGAACACACAGAGCCUAUACUUCCUGAGCACUGAGGGCUCCCCGACCCGCCGGCAGCUCCACAGUGUGUCUGCAGUGGGUUUGUUUCCUCGCCGAUGUCUGACCUGUGAGCUCAAUAAAGCUCACUGCACAUUCUUCAGCGCCACUUUCAGCCCUACCAACCAGCAUGUGCUGCUGCACUGCAAAGGUCCCGGUGCACCCACAGUGAUCAUACACACCCUUAACACUGCCAAUUAUUAUAUCCUGGAGAACAACUCUGUGCUGAAAGCGGCGCUCCGACACAAGCGCAUCCAGCUGCUGGAGUUCAGGAGCAUCCAGACCGACCACUUUGAGCUGCCGCUAAAGAUUGCCUAUCCUCCUGACUUCUCUGAGUCCCGCAGCUACGCCCUCCUGCUGAUGAUUGAUGCUGCCCCCGGUGGCCAGCAGGUGGAUGAGCGGUUCUCUCUGGACUGGGACUCGGUGCUGGUCAGCUCAGAUGGUGUGAUCGUGGCUCGCCUGGACGGCAGAGGAAGUGGUUUCCAGGGCCAGAAGGUUUUACAGGAAGUGCACAAGCGUCUGGGAGCGGUGGAGCUGCAGGACCAGCUGGCGGCGCUGGAGUUCCUGCUGAAGUUUCCGUACAUCGACCGCAGCAGAGUGGGUGUGUUUGGUCGGGGUUACGGGGGAUACAUCGCACUUCUGCUGAUUAAAUCCACUGAGAAACUGUUCAGAUGUGCUGCCGCCAUGUCUCCUGUGAGCGACUGGAGCCUGUACGCUUCUGCCUUUUCUGAGCGCUAUCUGGGUUUCCCACUUCAGGACGACAGCAGGUACCAGUUCUCCAGUCUCCUGCAGAAUCCACAGGGCUUCAGAGACCAGACGCUCAUGCUGCUGCACGCCACUGCAGACGCACUGAGGGCUCACCCGACCCGCCGGCAGCUCCACAGUGUGUCUGCAGUGGGUUUGUUUCCUCGCCGAUGUCUGACCUGUGAGCUCAAUAAAGCUCACUGCACAUUCUUCAGCGCCACUUUCAGCCCUACCAACCAGCAUGUGCUGCUGCACUGCAAAGGUCCCGGUGCACCCACAGUGAUCAUACACACCCUUAACACUGCCAAUUAUUAUAUCCUGGAGAACAACUCUGUGCUGAAAGCGGCGCUCCGACACAAGCGCAUCCAGCUGCUGGAGUUCAGGAGCAUCCAGACCGACCACUUUGAGCUGCCGCUAAAGAUUGCCUAUCCUCCUGACUUCUCUGAGUCCCGCAGCUACGCCCUCCUGCUGAUGAUUGAUGCUGCCCCCGGUGGCCAGCAGGUGGAUGAGCGGUUCUCUCUGGACUGGGACUCGGUGCUGGUCAGCUCAGAUGGUGUGAUCGUGGCUCGCCUGGACGGCAGAGGAAGUGGUUUCCAGGGCCAGAAGGUUUUACAGGAAGUGCACAAGCGUCUGGGAGCGGUGGAGCUGCAGGACCAGCUGGCGGCGCUGGAGUUCCUGCUGAAGUUUCCGUACAUCGACCGCAGCAGAGUGGGUGUGUUUGGUCGGGGUUACGGGGGAUACAUCGCACUUCUGCUGAUUAAAUCCACUGAGAAACUGUUCAGAUGUGCUGCCGCCAUGUCUCCUGUGAGCGACUGGAGCCUGUACGCUUCUGCCUUUUCUGAGCGCUAUCUGGGUUUCCCACUUCAGGACGACAGCAGGUACCAGUUCUCCAGUCUCCUGCAGAAUCCACAGGGCUUCAGAGACCAGACGCUCAUGCUGCUGCACGCCACUGCAGACGCUAAUGUUCAUUUCCAGCACACGGCGGAGCUCAUCAAGAACCUGGUGAAGGUGGGAGCGAAUUACACACUGCAGAUUUAUCCAGAUGAGGGUCAUUUCCUGUCCCGGAGCAGCGAGCGGCACGCGGCCUCCACUCUGAGCAGCUACUACAGAUCCUGCCUGCAGGAGGAAGUGCUGGAGAUCAGGGAAGAGGAAGAGGAAGAGGAAGAGUAGAGGAUCACUGACACACACACACACACACACUUCAGGACAGGGGGACACACUGGACAUCCAGAGCAGAACACUCAGAUAAACAGAGAGACAAGUGUGUGUGUGUGUGUGUGUGAGAGAGAGAGUGUGUAAAUAUAUGCAUGUGUGUUUCUGACAGGAUGUGUGUGUAAGAGAGAAAGAGUGUAUGCAUGAGUGUGUUUAUGGAAGAGAGCGUGUGUGUUUGUGUGAGUUAGUGCGACUGUGUGUGAGUGAUGAGAGAAAUGUGUGUGUACUGGAGAGAGAGAGAGAGUGUGUGCAUGCUUUACAAAGUGUGCAUAUUACAGUGUGUGUGUGUGCGUAUGCUGGAGAGAGAAAGGUGUGUUUGUGAGUGUGUGUGUUGGAGAGAGCAAGAGUGUGUGUAUAUCUGUGUGUGUGUGUGUGUGUGUGAGGGUUUCCGUGUACUUGGCCUCUGGAUCAUUAUCACUGGACGUGGACUCUGGAAUAUUUCACAUGUCAUUAAUCACUAAGAUCUGAUUGGCUGAAGCGUUGGCCAAUCACAGCACAGACUGUGGGUCUGGCGGCUCCAGCCUCUGCAUGGUCCUUUUGCUUUGCCUCACGUCAUUUUCCACUUCCUGUCCUCAGUUUUUGGCCUUCUGGAGGAACAGCGUUCAGCUCUGGAGGAUUCAUACACGCACUGCAUUCUGGGCCGGGUCUGCUGUGUGUAUCAGACAUAUGAAGUGUGUCUCUGGAGGGCUUUUAUAUCUCUGAAUGUUUAGUUUUCUGUGGGUGUACGGGUGUGUGAGGGGUUUGGGUUGAUUGUUACUGUUCUCUAGUUCUGACAGCCAUGUCUAUAAAUAAACGAGUCCAAAACCAA